AUGCGUAUCGAGGGCCUCUUCCAUGACAACACUGAGACACGUGCCAUCUACCUCGAGCAGGAGUUCCACAGCCUAAUGCAAGGGACAUCAUCCAUCGUCAAGUAUCGUCGACGGCAGAAGGCCCUCGUUGAUGACCUCACCACCAUCGGCACCGUCAUUGCUGAUCGGAGCCUCAUCCUCAAGACCAUACAUAGGCUAAACUCUCACUUCUCCCACACGCGGACGCUUCUCUCCAUGCAACAUCCCGUUCCUUCGUUCCACAAGGUUUGCUCCGCGCUCAUGCUUGAGAAAUUGAAGACAAAGAGCUCUAACACUCCUUUGGCCUCCGUGUUGGUUGCCAAUCACUCCCCCAACAGUGGCAACAAAAACUCCUCAUCCGCUGGCUCCGACAGCAACUACACCCAUUGUGGCCACUCGUACAGCAAUGCCAAUGGGAACUAUGGCAAUGGCGGCAACUUUAACCGCAACCGUAGCCACAACAAUGGCAACCGCGGCAAUCGGAACAACGGCUCCAGUGGCACAAACUCCUCUAGCAAGGCGCCCCUGCAGUCUCUCUAG